AUGUCUCUGGGACCCGGCCCGGAGGCGGGCUUCUCGAGCGAGGAGCUGCUGACCCUGCGCUACCCGCUGCACCGCGCCUGCCGCGACGGCGACUUGCCGGCGUUGUGCGCCUUGCUCCAGAGCGCGCCCCGCGAGGGCUUGGCGGCCGAGGACUCCUUCUACGGGUGGACGCCCCUCCACUGGGCCGCGCAUUUCGGGAAGUUGGAGUGCUUAAUACAGUUGGUGAGAGCGGGAGCUACUGUAAAUGGCUGCACAACGCGCUUUGCCCAAACACCAGCCCAUAUUGCUGCUUUUGGAGGGCAUCCUCAGUGCCUCAUCUGGUUAAUUCAAUCAGGAGCCAACAUAAACAAACAGGAUUAUGUUGGUGAAACUCCUAUUCAUAAAGCCGCUCGAUCUGGCAGCAUGGACUCCAUAAGUGCCCUUGUGGCUCAUGGAGCUCAAAUAGACUUGAGAAAUGCCAGUGGCCUGACAGCAGCAGAUCUUGCACAUACCCAGGGCUUCCAGGAAUGUGCUCAGUUGCUCUUGAAUCUCCAGAACUGCCCGCUGAACCAUUUCUAUAGCAAUGGCACCUUAAAUGGGUUCCAUCAGAAUACCAGCCCCAAUCUCCUUAGUAAAGGCACAAGUCGGAAACGAUCUUUUGAAGAUAUGGAGAUCGCUGGAAUAAAGAAAGCUAGGACUGAAGGUCAAAAUAUUGAUGGCUUAAUACCAAUGACAAAUGGAGGAAAUGAAGAUGAUGCUGACAAUAUGCAUGUUGAUAGAGAGUUUGCGGUGAUACCAGAUACGAACUGCAGUAACUCCAUAUUGAAUGCAUUGACAAAUGGAUAUUCCAUCAAUGGACGCUUGGACUUCAGCUCCCCAGCCCAGCUCAAUGGAUUGAGUGCCAGGCGUGAAGAAUGCUUAACACUGAUAGUACCUAAUGAAGUAGCCUCUGCCAAUAAGCAUGUGAUUAAUGUUGGCAAUGGCAUCGAGGAACCAGAAAAAAUCAUAAAUGUGUCCGACAUGUGUGGCUCUUUACAUCUGAACGGAAGUCCGAGCAGCCUUGUGUCAAACAGGCCCUUGUGGGUGGAGGACCUUGGAGAUACAUUGCACUAUGGACAUUACCACGGCUUUGGUGACACUGCUGAAAGUAUUCCCGAACUCAGCAGUGUCGUUGAGCAUUCCAAUUCUGUUAAAGUCGCACAGAAAUACGACAAUACCGUCUUGGGUACAAUGUAUCUCUAUCAUGGUUCCUAAGUUGUCAAAAAUCU